AUGUUCGCCUCGCGCGUGCUCCGGAUGGCUGUGACGAAGACGUCGACGGGCCUCGUCGGUCUCAGCGUGAACCCCAAUGCGCGUCAAGACCUCGUUAAGCUCUACCGCCGGACGCUGGACGAGCUCAAGAUUCUUCCACCAGAGGCCAAGAACUACCGCAAUGCCGUCGAGCAGAUCACGAACUUUCGACUGAACGUCGUGGAGACGAACGACGAUGAGAACGUCAUUGAGCGUACGAUCAAUUGCGGCCAACUAGAGGAGCUGAUCGAGCAGGCAGAAGACGAGCUGAGUGUCAUUCCCGUGUACAUUGAGCACAAGCUAUGGGAGAGCCCGAUAGAGGCUGCCAAGUAA